AUGGUUACUUCUACGGAGCGCAAGUACGAGUUCUUCGUGACGACAGACGAGCCACAUCAGCCAGCCGGCAUGGAACGAAGCGCGAUCCGCCGGUUAGUGAUGCGGAACUACUUCGAUACGAAGAUGGCUGGGCCACAGUUCAACGUGCCUGAACAUAGUUCGACGAGCACAGUCGUGGCGGAGAAGCAGCUGAAGAGCCGUUUCCGGUUAUCUGAACCGGGAAACGAGAAGAAGAAGACUUUGAGCAGGCAAAGGGAAUACCUAUACAAUAACAAUAAACGGAGAAAGAAAAGACCGCAGGUUCAGAGAACAAGAUCUGGUCCUACACCGCUGUCCUCAAAGAUCGGUGCCGAAGACAGCGGGAUAGCACACGAAAGACCAGUGCUAAAGGCCGACCUCAAUAUCUAUCAUACAGAUCCCUUUGGCGCUCUACCGAUGCCAGAAACGCCACAGCUAAAUGCGCUCUUCCGAUUGUACAAAGAUUCCCCCAAGAACAAUUCUGUCGGCCCUGAUGCUACGCACACAUGGAGCUCCUUUAUCUUGAAUGACGCUGGCUUGCUACAUGCUACUCUGGCAAGCUGGGCGCUAUACGGCAUGCUUGUGAAUAAGUCUCAUGAUCUGCGGGUGUGCGAACUCGAGCACAAAAACGAAGCAGUCCGAAACGUGACCUAUAAACUUGCAAUGUGUCGGGCGAACGUAUCUGACGAUAUUGUUGGCACGGUCCUGACACUGGCGAAUCUCGAGAAUCUGACUGGAGCUUACGAUGUAGCUCAACUUCACCUCACCGCAUUGAGAGUUAUGGUCGAAGAGCGAGGCGGGAUACUUGCUUUUGGAAAGAAUGAUGGCUUGACGCGAGGUAUAUUAUGGGUAGAUCUUCACGCCGCAGCAGCUUCCCGUACAACCCCGUUCUUUCCGCACGUGUGGCUGGGGCCAGAUGCACCUCUUCCAGACAAGCUGCAUGACGAGGCAACAUACACAUCACCAACCUCUCUGCUUCAAUUAUCUUGUGCUGCUAUCGAUUGCUUCGAUAUCUUCCAUCGACUACACCGACUCGCGCUUGCAACAUCGUCGCACUGGACAGGCCGUGUUGCACGCGUGGCUCUAAGUAAUCUUCUCUACACUACUCAGUUCAUUCUCCUUUCAGUACCCGAUCGCUCGCAGGACUUUCUCAAAUUCGACCAGAGCGUGCAGGACAACAACAAUGAAUGUAACAAGUCCCAGAAACAUAGAGCAGAUGCAGCGAGUGUAGUUGAAACCCUACUCGCAGCAGCUCUCAUCUUCAUUUAUGCGGUACUGCGAGCGCUACCACUGAACACUAAGAUAUUCGCUAUCCUUCUGCGGCGACUGCGCACAGCUAUAGAUCGACCAAAUACAUCAGUGCUAGAAACAUGGAAACGCGAGAAGAAUCUCAACAUGUUGCUUUGGGCUCUGGUCAUGGCAUGUUCUAUUGCGACAGAUGCAGAGCGAACGUGGUGGACCACACAACUCUCGGGAUUGAUGGCAUUUGGGCAGAGGACUGACGUUCGUCUGGACACGACAACCACAACCAUGGCCCCGCUUGUCGACAACCCCCAGAUCAAGCAGGCCAGCCUGCAUAACCCGCUGCCGCUGCAGCUGCACACCUACAUCUGGCCAUUUUUAAUAAUAUGGCCGGCCUUCUCCGCCAUAUACUUUUCGCCGCAGCGCUACGAGCAGUACAUUCAGUCGUCGGAAUGGACUUUUGUGUGGAUUGCCAGCAUCACCACCUUCCAGUCGCUGUUCUGGCUCAUGACGCACUGGAACGUUAACCUCAAGAGCGCAUUCACCACCACCUCGGCCGGCGACGUGCGUUCUGCAUCGCUCAUCAAAGUCCAGCCGAUCAAGAAUGCCGGCGCCGCUGAGAUUGUGCCAUUGGUGCGCGACAACGUUGGUGGAAAGCCGAACCUCUCGUUCCUCUUCCAGAAGCGACGUUUCCUCUACGACGCCGACAAGAAUUCCUUCGCCCCGCUCUCCUACCCCCUCGAUGUCGAACCCAAGCCCCAGCUCAAGACGUUCCAGCAGACCCAAGGCCUCGCCUCGCCCGCUGAGAUUGAGCGCAUCGCACAACACUAUGGCACAAACGAAUUCGACAUCCCCGUCCCAACCUUCACCGAGUUGUUCAAGGAACACGCCGUUGCGCCCUUCUUCGUCUUCCAGAUCUUCUGCGUUGGACUGUGGAUGUUGGAUGAAUACUGGUACUACUCGCUGUUCACCCUGUUCAUGCUGGUCGCUUUCGAGAGCACCGUUGUGUGGCAGAGACAAAGAACCCUGACUGAGUUCCGCGGCAUGAGCAUCAAGCCAUACGAAAUCUAUGUAUACAGGCAGAAGAAGUGGCAGGAGGUUAUGAGCGACAAGCUGCUACCCGGCGAUGUCGUCAGCGCAGGCAGGACCAAGGAAGACUCGGGUGUAGCAUGCGACAUGCUCCUACUCGAGGGUUCCGCCAUCGUCAACGAGGCUAUGCUUUCGGGAGAGAGCACACCGGUGCUCAAGGAAUCCGUACAAUUGCGACCUGGCGAUGCGCGCAUCGAGCCUGAGGGUCUGGACAAGAAUUCGUUCCUCUGGGGUGGCACCAAGGUCCUCCAGGUUUCGCACGGUAAUGAUGCUGAGGAAGAUGGCAGCGGCGUCAACAGACUUUCGUCUGGAGUCCCACCGCCACCGGACAAGGGUGCUGUUGCUGUUGUCAUCAAGACUGGUUUCGAGACCAACCAGGGCAGCCUCGUCAGAACCAUGAUCUUCGCUACCGAGCGCGUCUCCGCAAACAACGUAGAAGCCCUCUUCUUCAUCCUCUUCCUUACCGUCUUUGCCGUCGCCGCCUCGUGGUACGUCUGGAAGGAGGGUGUCAAGCUCGACCGCCAGCGUAACAAGCUGCUCCUCGACUGCGUCCUCAUCGUUACCAGCGUCGUCCCUCCCGAGCUCCCCAUGGAGCUUAGCUUGGCUGUCAACACCUCCCUUGCCGCGCUUAGCAAAUACGCCAUCUUCUGUACUGAGCCGUUCCGAAUUCCUUUCGCUGGACAGGUCGACGUCGCCUGCUUUGAUAAGACUGGUACACUGACUGGUGAAGACUUGGUCGUGGACGGUAUUGCUGGACUGUCACUGGGUCAAGACAAUGCUACGGUUGCUGCAGACGGUGCGCAUACUGAUCUCACAAAGGUCACAGAUGUUGGAACUGAAACAACACUGGUGCUUGCCGCCGCUCACUCUCUGGUCAAACUAGACGAUGGGGAGACUGUCGGAGAGCCUAUGGAGAAGGCCACUCUACAGUCCCUCGGCUGGAAACUCGGAGCCAAGGACACGAUCCAAGCUACGAUGACUACUGCCAAUUCGCAGGCCGAACUCGUACACAUCCGUCGCCGCUUUCAAUUCUCGUCUGCUCUCAAACGCCAGAGCUCUGUCGCAACUGUCCUGGUUAAUAACAACAAGACCGGUCGCAAGGUCAGGAGCACAAUCGCUGCAGUCAAGGGUGCGCCCGAGACUAUUCGCAAGAUGUUGGUCAACAUCCCACCGAACUACGAGGAGACAUUCAAACACUUUACCCGCAAUGGUGGCCGUGUCCUCGCUCUUGCAUACAAGUUUCUAUCUGAAGAAGGAGAGUGGGGCCAGAACCGCAUCAACGACCUCAAGCGUGAACAAGUCGAGUCUGACUUGCACUUUGCCGGUUUCCUCGUCCUCCAGUGCCCCUUGAAGCCUGACGCUGUCGAGGCUGUACGCUCCCUCAACGAGUCUAGUCAUCGUGUUGUCAUGAUCACUGGUGACAACCCGCUGACUGCUGUCCAUGUCGCUAAGCAAGUCGAGAUCGUCGACCGCGAUUGCUACAUUCUUGACGCGCCUGAGAACGACGAAACUGGCGAGAAGCUCGUUUGGCGCAGCGUUGAUGACAAGAUUAGCAUUCCUGUUGACCCCUCCCAGCCUCUGGACGCCGAGAUCUUGAAGACCAAGGAUAUCUGUCUUACUGGGUACGCACUUUCGAAGUUCUCUGGUCAACCUGGAUGGAAGCAGAUUCUGCGAUACACUUGGGUCUACGCUCGUGUCUCACCGAAGCAGAAGGAGGAAAUUCUUCUUGGCCUUAAGGACUGCGGUUACACUACACUAAUGGCUGGUGAUGGUACGAACGAUGUCGGUGCGCUGAAGCAAGCUCAUAUCGGUGUCGCCCUACUCAACGGAACCCGUGAAGACCUCGACAAGAUUGGCGAGCACUUCCGCAACACUCAGAUGAAGAAUGUGUACGAGAAGCAGUGUAACUUGAUGCAACGCUUCAACCAGCCUCAGCCACCUGUUCCGAUCAUGAUCGCGCAUCUAUACCCCCCUGGCCCAACCAACCCUCACUACGAAAAGGCAAUGGAGAACCAGGCAAAGAAGAAGGGUCUUCUUCCAGGUACCAAUGGUGUCGCUAACGGAUCAGCAUCUACUGGUACCCUUGUUCAACAACAGCCCGGUCAAGUCCAGCCGCCUCAGGCCGUCGGCAACCUUGCUCAGCAGAUGCAGGAGAAGAUGAUGAUGCAAGAGAUGGAAGAGAUGGCUGGUGAACCACCGACGAUCAAACUCGGUGAUGCUUCUGUUGCUGCGCCCUUCACCUCCAAGCUUGCGAACGUCGUUGCGAUUCCCAACAUCAUCCGUCAAGGUCGCUGCACACUCGUCGCUACAAUCCAGAUGUACAAGAUUCUCGCUCUGAACUGCUUGAUCUCUGCUUACAGUUUGUCUGUUCUCUACCUGGAUGGUAUCAAGUUCGGCGAUGGUCAAGUCACCAUUUCCGGUAUGAUGAUGAGCGUAUGCUUCCUUUCCAUUUCGCGCGCAAAGACCGUUGAGGCUCUAUCAAAAGAACGUCCUCAGUCCAACAUUUUCAACACGUACAUCAUCGGUUCCGUACUUGGACAAUUUGCUAUCCAUAUCGUCACCCUCAUCUAUGUCAGCCAAUACGUCCAACGUGUUGAGCCCAAGGACCCCAACCCAGAUCUCGAGAAGGACUUCGAGCCAUCCCUGCUCAACUCUGCAAUCUACCUCCUACAACUCAUUCAACAAAUCUCGACCUUUGCCAUCAACUACCAAGGCCGACCUUUCCGCGAGUCUAUCCGCGAAAACAAGGGCAUGUACUGGGGACUCGUUUCCGUCUCCGGUGUUGCCUUCUCCUGCGCCACCGAAUUCAUUCCCGAACUCAACGAGAAGCUCAAGCUUGUCCCCUUCACCACCGAAUUCAAGGUCAUGAUUACCAGCAUCAUGGCUUUCGAUUUUGUCGCUUGUUACAUCAUCGAGAAGGGACUGAAGUUUUUCUUCUCGGACAACAAGCCAAAGGAUAUUGCAGUCAGGAGACCGGAUCAGCUGCAGCAAGAGGAGAAGAGGAAGGCAAGGGCGGAGAUUGAGGCGCAGAGGAAGAAGAACGAAGAGGCGGAGAUGAAGGCUGCUGCUGCUGGAUUGGUUAAGCGGUAG